AUUCGGGAGCACCCCUCGCAUAAAAGUACCUUUAACGUACCUCCAGGCGGGAGUCUAGGCGCAGCGUUCUUGCUGGGACCGGGUUUCGAUCUAUUACGCCUUAUACUUUACCGGCGGCCUACGCGGCGGGCGCCAAGGCGCCCUACGACACGCCUGACUGCAGCCUUACAUGGACACCCCAGAGACGCCAGAAGCUCCAGCAGGCGCCCCCUGGAACCCGCAAUACGUAGCGAUCGCGAUACUACUAGUAGUUGUCCCUGUGGUCUUCUGCCGGCGUAGAGGCGGCGGUUCGUCCGACGAAGAUAACUACGAAGUCGACGAGAGCGGGAGGCGGCGCAAAAUUAUGCACGGCGAUCUAUAGAAUGCGGGCGUUUGUACUCGUCGUCGCUUGUGCGGACGCGUUCUCCUACACGCACCACUUCGAGGCGCUGCCGGCGCCGCGGGGCGAGCCCACGACCGACGAGCGAUGCAUGACAGUCUGUUAUACGGACGAUGCUCGUAGGGUAAACCGCUGGCUUCGCGACAAUGCUGCCGGCGCCGCCGCCUUGGGAUUUGAUACGGAGACCGCGUGUGCGUUCCCCGGCCGCAAACCGCCCGCGCCGGGCCCGCACGUGCUCCAGCUCGCCGCGGGGGACGCCUGCCUGGUCGCACAUCUGAUCUCGGGCGACGUGUGCGCGUCGGGGGCCCUCGCGGACGUGCUGAGCGAUCCGAGCGUUGUGAAGGUGGGCGUCGGGCUUGACGACGACGCGGUAGAGCUGUACAAUAUAGAUUCUCGGAUGAAGCUAAGCGGCCGGCUGGACAUCGGCGGCCCGCGCAAGGGGCGGCGCAUCGCCUUGAGAGAGGUCGCCUACCGCGCGAUCGGCGGGCCCAUCGCGCCCAAGGCCAAGAAGAUCGCCUGCUCGAACUGGGCGAUGAGACGGCUGCAGACAACACAGCUGGCCUACGCCGCGCGCGACGCGUGGCUGGGCGCCGCCGUCUAUGGCGCCCUGGCCGCGGACCCCUCCUUCGUCGACGCCGCCGCGGCGCAGAUUCACGGAGAGAUGAACAUAGCAGAGCUCUCCGCCGUCGCCGCGGACCGACGAGUGAUUAAAAGAAAACUGAAGGCGCUCGACGAAGACGCGGAGGACUACGACGCCCGGGCCCGGGAGAUCCGCCGGGAGCUGAAGAAGUUCCCGCGACCGGAUCCGCGACUAGAGCUAGACCUCGCCGCCUUCGUGGACGAGCAGCCUAAUGUGAAGACUUGA